AAAAAGAUAUAUCAAAAAGGGUAUUUUAAAAGUGCAACUUUCACAAUCAUUAAAACGCUGCAUUUUAAAUCUGUAAUGUUUUUUUUUUUUUUUUUAAUCUGUAAUGUAAACUUUCCUAUUUAUUAGUUUCCAAAUCCAUAAAGAAAAAGGCUAAUCCAUAAAAUAAAAUAAAAUAAAAUAAUAAGGAAAUUAACAAUUCCUGGCUUAGUCCAAUUAAUAUAAAUAGGGUGUUGGGGUUUUUGAAAGAGUUAGGAGAAACUAGUUUCUGAAUUCCUGUUUGUGCUUUGAGUGAUUCGUAGAAGAAAAAAGAAGGGCCGGAGCUUGAGAAGUUGAUCAUGGACCUUAAUAUGGACAAUAACAUAUUCGGUUAUAUGAAGAACUCAGAACACCCUUGCCACGCAUUGUACCAGCUUAAGCUUGCUGGAUACCGUUCUCAGCAGAAUCAAGGAGGUGGAUCUCAGGAGCCUGUAUGCGAUGCAAAAUCCUACCUUGAGCCUCUUCCCUUAAAGGAGCCUCCGGGUUGUGCAUCUCCGUUUCCCAAGGAGAUUGAGCUUGGUGUUAUUAAGUUCACUGCCCUGUUUGUGGCUCGUUAUGGGGAUAUUUUUCGUGAGUCUUUGAUGGAGACAGUGGUUAUGAGCCCUCGGUUUGACUUUAUGAAGCCAUCUGAUAGCAACUUCGCUCUUUAUGAUGCGCUUGUCGUUUCGUAUUCAGGGGUAUUAAAACCUUCCAGUAAUGGUGCAAUGGUAGACUCCCUUCUUGAUUGUUAUUUCAACAGUCUCCAAUUAGAGGAGCUGGAGGAGGGUGUGGAGACUGCUGCAAUUGAUUUGCAUGCUUUUGUGGGUGGUCUUGACUGCUUUGCUCACAUGGACGAUGCUGUGUCACCACCUGAACGCCGUUCAAUGAUGAUGCAAUGGCCAAUGCAGCCUCAACCUGAUGGUUUAGCUACUCAUGAGUGUCUAGGCGAUGCAGAAACCGAUCUACCGCCUCGUCCUCCUAUAAGGAUCACACUCAAGGAGCUUGGUAUUAUUAAGCUCACAUCCCAGUUUGUGGCGCGGUAUGGGAUGCGUUUUUGCCGAGCUUUGAUGAUGAGAGUGGCUAUGAACCCUCUGUUUGAGUUUAUGUUUUUCCGCCCGUCUCUGAGAAAGAAGACAGUGCUUAUGAACCCUCCGUUUGAGUUUAUGGAUCCAACAGAGAUCAGGUUCAAUAUUUUCACUGUGCUUGUUGAUGCGUAUUCCAGAGUACUAGUGCGUUCCAAAAAGCUGAAGAAGAGUGAUGCUUGUACGAGGGCCGUUCUUCUUAAGGACUUUUUUAACUGUCUUCAAUUAGAGAGGCUGGAGAAUGGAGUGGAGGAGACUGCUUUAAUUGAUUUGCAUGCUUUUGUGGCUGGUGUUGACUGUUUUGCUCACAUGGACGUUGCUGACUACUCUGCUACCAUGCCACCACCUGAACGCCUUUCAGUGAUGAUGAACCGGUUAACACAACAAUCUCAGCCGCCUGAUAUGCUUUUGCAGCUUCCAUUGGGAUCUCAGCUUGCUAAUCUCGGUGUUGGUAAGCAAUAUGAAUGCAUAGGCGAUACUUCUUUCCGUGCUCCUACUCUAAGAAGCCUAACAUUUAGAGUCCCUGCUAUGGGUAUCACACUCAAGGAGCUUGGUAUUAUUAAGCUGACAGCACAGUUUGUGGCGCGGUAUAGCUCUGAAUUUUCCCGUGCUGUAGAGAAGAUAGCAUCGUUUGAGUUCUUGGAUCCUUACGAUAGCCGUUUCGAUUUUUACGUGGGGCUGUUUACUGCGUAUAGAAAAGUGUUAAAGUCUUCUAUCAAGCCUGAUGUUUGUAUGUUGUCGACCGUGCUUGAGGGUUUUCACCAACGUCUUCGAUUAUGGGAGCUGCAUAAGGGAGUGGAGGAGCUAGCUAUGAUUGAUUUGCAUGCUUUUGUGGGUGGGGUUGACUGUUUUGCUCACAUGGAAGAUAAAGACUAUUCUGCUAUCAUGGAUCCACCUGAACGCACGUCGAUGAUGAUUAACCAGCUAACACAAAGGCAGCCACCUACUCAUCAUGAGUGUUUAAGACGUGGAUAUGAUUUUCCAUAUGCUUUUGGUGCUAAGAUCACGCUCAAGGAGCUUGGUAUUAUGAAGUUCACAGCUCUGUUUGUGGCGCGUUAUGGGAUGCAUUUUUGUCACGAUUUGAUGAAGGAAGUGGUUAUGAAACCUCAGUUUAAGUUUAUGGAGCCAACUAAUAGCAUGUUCAGUUUAUAUAGUGUGAUUGUUGAUGCGUAUUCCAGAGUAUUAGAGCCUUCCGAUGAUGCUUGUACAAAGAUCGUUCUUGAGGAUUUUUUCUGCCGUCUUAGAUUGGACAAGCUGGAGAGCGAAGAAGAAGCUAUGAUUGAUUUGCAUGCUUUUGUGAAUGGUGUUGACUAUUUUGCUUACUUAGAGGAUGCCGACUAUUCUGCUUUAAUGCCACCACCUGAUCUCCUUUCAGUUAUCAUGAACGGGAUACCUGGAAUACACAAGAGGGAAAUAACGGUUUCAAGUGAGCGCCUUCCACUGGAUGGUAUGCAACCAGAGGCAAAGAGACAAAAGUUUGACGAGUCAGCUCUUGUUCCAGAAGACUAGUUUCUGGCUCAGAAUCUGGACAACAGGUCACUUGCACAUUACAAUGUUGGAGCAGGAGACAUCCUAACAGUCUCUUGGUGAGA